GAAAGUAGGAAGGUAUAUAAGGGAGGCUGUGGGUUACCAGUCAACUACUACUCAACUACACACCACUGUGACCACGUGUUCUUGAUAAAGGCCCAGCAGAGCUCCCUCCACCGCCGCCAUGCUGAGACAACUCGCCGUCAUCUCCCUUGUGUCAAUCGGUACAGAGUGCUGGCCCCACUCACGCGAGACUCACGGAACGGGACGAGACGCUCCGGAAUGGUCGGAAUGGACCGGACCAGACGUGGACAAGCUGGGACGGAACGGAACGACCUUACCGCCAUUUUAGCUGGACAGACCACCAUUGACUCCCACGAGAGAGGACUAUUCCUAUUACAAAAGCAGAUAUAUAAUAGACACGUGCAACAAUACGUACAUAUGCAAACACAUGCACACACACGCGCGCGCACCAGACACGCACACACACGCGCCCCAUCAAUAUGCUUACAUACAAAUAUACAUACAAAAUUCAAACAAAAAUAAGCCCUGUUCCUUUGUGUUGAUUUUUUUAUUCUUUAUUCUAUAUAUUCUUGCUUUGACCCUGCUGACAAGAAUGACCGGGAGACCAAGUGCAUGCAGUCACACUGAAAUGUACUAACCCAAAAUCACAGACUAUCAGAAUAUUUAAAAUCAGAUCAUUAACUAUUCUGCAACGUUCAUCAUCGUCUAAUCUUAAAGCUUAAAAAUGUUACAAUCUGAAAUGUUGUUGGACUUUCAGGCCAUUCUUGAAUUGUGCUUUAGGCUGCUGAUGUCACAUAUAAAAUCUAAACCCAUAAACAAUUUAAACCUGAAUUCUAAGAAGGUGAUUUUCCCAUUGUGCCGGACCAAAGCUCACACUUUUUCCUUUUCUUUUUUCUACAGCCGUGACCCUGGUGUACUCCAUGCCAUCCUUGCAUCGUUCCAAGCGGUGGGAGGAAUUCCCCAAUGUCACCUUCACGUUCGACUGCACGGACCGGCCCGUAGGCUUCUACGCCGACCAGGAGUUCAACUGCCAGCUCUUCCACAUGUGUGACGAGGACGGCCGCCGCAUCCCCUACAUGUGCGCCAACGACACCGCCUUCAACCAGGAGUUCCGCAUCUGCGACUGGCAGUACAACUUCGACUGCUCUCAGGCCCAAAACUGGUUCUACCUCAACGAGCUGACCUACGUGACCGAUCCUCCCAAGUUCUAAAUGAUCACCGGAGCGUUGUUUCUUCUCCCUUCUUGACUGUGAUGACCCCGACGACCUGACAUGUGCUGCCUGUAACCCAGGUUGAAGGACCGCACUGGACUCCCUUAGAACUUCUCGCGCAAGGAGUUCUCUGGGAGUCUUAAGAUCUCUGUUUUAAGAGUCCACGAGAAUAACGUAAUUAUGGAGUUGUACCUGGGUUAACUCAACACGUCACCUGAGGGUGUAUUGAGGGGAUUCCCUCUCUUAGUUAUUUUCUUUAUUAGUGUCCCCUGGGUUACUGAGUGCCGGCACUCCGCCUGUACAUAAGUGGCUCCCUGGCACUGGUGCAACACUCUCCUGGGAGCCUCCCCAUCCCGGAUCUCCGAGACGUGGCGGAGCUGCAAAUAAAAUCACGAAACCUUCAGAGGUUUUGGGCAAAGUUUAAGGGAAAAUCUUUCUGUAUUGUUAAUUGGCUAGUUGAAUACGGCGAUAUCAACAUGAAUUCAUUUUCUGACAAUACAUCAAAAUUAAGAGCAAAGUGCCAGUCCUCCGAGGCCCUCGCUGGCUGGGGACUCUCUAAGGACGAGGCCGAGAAGAACCGCGAUGACUCCGAGAUCCGGACACUGCAAGAGCUGGUCUCUGCGUGCCGCCAGACCUCCAUGUGUACAGAGCCACCCACUAUGUAGUCCUUAGAGCAAGAUCAGUGUUCACCGUAGUUUGAAAGAGAUCUAUUAUUGUAUUUCAAUUGUAAUCAGAGGUAAAUGUUGAAUUAAUUCAUUCAGAUUCAUGAACAGAUUCAUUGAGGAAAAAAGUUUAAUUACAGGUGCAAAUUGGGGUGAUGAAAUGGAACAUAUAAACCCGAAAACAAUUGCUACAACUACCCAUCUUCUCAUGUCAAAAUUAUAACCAUCUACUAUAAUAAUGUUUAUUUCUGAGAUGAUUUUUAGAUUUUGAUAAUGCAAAAUAUAUGUAUCUUUAUCAUUUCUGUUGUAACUCCCUCUUUCUUGUUUACUGAUAUUCCAUAUUUACCUUUAGUUUGAUUUGAUGAUAUCCUUGGUUAUGCUUGUGAUGACUGGAGAAUGAAGAGAAAUAAUUGGUAAUUCCCAAUGUAUCUUACAAUUUAGGUUUCACAAUACCUGCCCCGUCUCUUCUUGAGUACGUAAAUAAAGUCUUAUAAGAUUAUCCACCCAAAGCAAAGAUCUCAUUACUAUUGAUAGACGUAGAAAGGUUCACAACCGCUUAAUUUGAUUGUCCUAUUAGAGGAUUGCACUCCCUGCCAUAGUUGUUUCUCACAUCAGGUAGAGACGGAUCAGAUUUGAAAAUGUAUAAAGGAAUGGGGUGUGUAGAGCGCACCCAGUCGCAUUAUGUUCUAAAUCGUGUGUGUGUUGCAUGAGUCUAGGAUGCAAUUUUGUAAAAUAAAACUAAAAUUCAUUUUAA